AGGUAGAACAUCAUGCGCAUUGUCCAAAAAUGAGUGCUGAUAUAAAAGACGAGGCUUUUUCUCCGAAUCCGGUUGCUCGGUGCGACGGUGAUGCGAAGAAAGAGCCAUAUGUCGUUCUCCUGGAGCAACCUGCUUCGAAGGCGUUGAGAUUCCGAUACAUAUGCGAAGGAAGGUCCGCCGGAAGUCUUCCCGGUGAACGAACGCACGGUACAUACAAAACACACCCCACGAUUCAGGUCAUGGGUUAUCAUGGUCCUGCUGUGGUUGUUGUGUCCUGUGUCACGAAAGAUCCUCCUUUUCGGCCUCAUCCUCACAACCUAGUCGGACGUGAAGGUUGCGACAAAGGCGUGUGUACGAUGUACAUCGACCCAAAUACAAUGAAAUGCCAGUUUCAGAACUUGGGUAUUCAAUGUGUUCGGAAGCGCGACAUAGCUGAAGCCCUUGAUCAAAGACAGCAGAUUAAAGUCGAUCCCUUUCAAACUGGAUUUGAUCAUAAGCAUCAGCCAAACUCAAUCGAUUUGAACUCUCUUCGUCUCUGCUUCCAAGUGUUUAUAGAAGGAGAACAGAAGAAUAAGUAUGUAGUCCCCCUAAAGCCUGUCGUUUCGGAGCCGAUCUACGACCGGAAAGCAGUAAGCGAUCUGAACAUUUGUAAGAUGUCUCACUGUAACGACACUGUUGCUGGUGGACGUGAAGUAAUUCUUCUGUGUGAGAAAGUGGCGAAAGAGAAUAUAUCCGUCCGAUUCUACGAGGAGUCUCCGCAAGGAGAAGUAACGUGGGAAGACUUCGGCAAGUUUCAACCGUCGGAUGUCCACAAGCAAGUCGCCAUCUGCCUCCGCACUCCUCGGUAUCGCACGCUUGACGUGACUGACGUAGUCAAGUGUCGGAUUCAGCUGAUGCGCCCAAGCGACAAAGCGACGAGUGCUCCACGUGCUUUCGAGUACCAUCCUUUGGACCCAGGUACGGCGAAUUCCGUAUGGUCGCAGAAGAAUUCGAAAGCUUCAUACGACUCCUUCCGUCACAUUCUUGCGGCCGAUUCGGGUGCUUUGCUCACGAACAUCCGCGAUGAAUCCAAAAUGCGGAUCCGCGUUUCCAAAGCUUCGCAGACAACCAUGUCCAUUACCACGGACGAGGGAAAUGAUAACUGGAUAGAAAUGAGUGCUCCCGGAAUGCUCGUAGAAGAGAAAUCGCACGUUAUGUUGGGGUAUUUCGAAACUUUGAAAGCGUACGCGAAAGACGCGAAGCUGAAUCUGUCGAAGCACGCGAUAAGUGCGAGUGUGCGCGCGGAGGCGGAAAACAUGCAAAACGGGAAUUACCUUCCGAAUGUCUUCAAAGAAACGGUCGAUGCUUCCACUAAUGUUGACGAGGCUGGGUCGAACUCAAACGGAUUGAGUCCACCUCCGGUUCCGCCGAAGCGGAAGAAAACUCAGAAAACCCAGACUACGUCGUUCGGCACCCCGGAACUGAACGGGAAUUUCUUCCCAGACUCUGUCGACCCCACGUUCGCGAUUUCCUCGAAUUACGAUCACUUGAGCGAGGUGACUGAAUUCGAGUCUGAUCUCCACGAAAAGGCAGCUUUGUACGAAGGUUCUCCUCCGCUUGCGACUAUGUCUGAGCUUGAUGAUCUCGAUGCGUUGUCAUUGUACGCGAAAAUGGACGAAGUCAGCGGGGACUCUAAUACCAAUGAUUGGGGUAGGGCGGACAGCGAGACGCCCGGCAAUAAUUUGGGUAGUGUUACGCCGGACAAAAAUGAGAAUAAUCUCGAAGCUACUCUCAAAAUCGGCCCUGCAUGCUCUCCACUGUACGUUGAUGAUCCAGAUUACAUUCCUUUGCCGGUUCUCGAUCUAUUUGUUUGA